GGAUGAUAAAAAAAAAGUUUGAAGAUAAGGAUUUUAAGCCUCACCUUUCGAUUCCAGUUUCCAUCUUCACAGCAUCAUAACAACAGUGUGGAGCCACCGGUAUUGCCUUCAGUUCUGUUUCGAGGGCUUAAUUCACGAAAGCCUUUUUGCAUAUGGGUGAUGAAUUUGGAGAAUGAGUGUUUUUACAGGUGAUCACUCCCUCGUGCACUGCAAAAUGGCUUCUUUAACGCCGAGCUCCACAAACAUUUCACUCACUCAAGCUGUUGCUUUCACAACAAAGAAAAGCAACAUCUUGUCUAGACGCACCAUCUUGCGGAAUGUCAACAAACACGCGUUGCCUCUCUCAACAUCGAUCAGAUUGUUUCCCCAGUUUCAUAUUGGGUGUGUUCUUAAGCCCAAGCAGAAGACUUUCGCGGUAUAUGCUUCUGGUACAGAUGUUGCUGUGGAGGAAGCAGAUGUGUCUUCAGAAACUACUGGGGAGUCAUCUGUUGUACCUGAACCGAGUCCUGUUAAGUCUCAACGUUCGAGACCUGCUAGAAAGAGUGAAAUGCCGCCUGUGAAAUAUGAGGAGCUUAUUGUAGGAGCAACUUUUCCUGGAAAAGUUAGAUCAAUCCAGCCAUUUGGUGCUUUCGUUGAUUUUGGCGCUUUUACUGAUGGGCUCAUUCAUGUCUCUCAAUUAAGUGAUAGCUAUGUGAAGGAUGUCGCUAGCGUAGUUUCUGUUGGGCAAGAGGUGACAGUGAGAUUAGUAGAGGCGAACUUGGAAACAGGCCGAAUAUCCUUGAGCAUGCGUGCAGAUGACUCCAGCAGGGCUCAACAGCAAAGAGAAUCUCCAGGUGGCAGCGAUAAAUCCAGACCUCCCAGACGGACUGGCCAAAAUUCCGAUCAGAGAAGAGAAGAUCCAAAGAAGUUCUCAAAGUUUGUCAAAGGCCAAGAUCUGGAGGGAACCGUAAAAAAUCUAACUAGAUCUGGUGCUUUUAUUUCUCUUCCUGAGGGUGAGGAAGGAUUUCUUCCUCAGUCUGAGGAAAACGACGGGGGGUUUGGGACCAUUAUGGGUGUCACUUCGUUGGAAAUAGGGCAAGAAGUCAGUGUCCGGGUUUUGCGUCUUUCUAGGGGGAAGGUAACAUUAACCAUGAAAAAGGAUGAAGAUGUUAAGGAGGUGGAUUCUAAGCUCCAUGGUACGAUGCAUACAGCGACUAACCCUUUUGUCCUAGCUUUCCGUAGCAAUGAAGCCAUUGCUUCCUUUUUAGACAAAAGGGAAAGUGAGAAGCAGCAAGUUGAGGAAGCAGAAGAAAUUGCAAAGGGUACAGAUGAUGUUACUGACAAAGAAAUGCCAAACACAGCUGAUGAUAUAAAAGCAGAAGUUGAAGAGAAAAGUGAAGAAACAGACAGCUCCUCCACCACAGAAGAUAAUGAAGUUACAGCAGCCAUCGAUCCUGAGGAAGCUGAGGAAAUUGCGAAGGAUGCAGAUGAUGGAAGUUCACAUACUGAAGACCAAGUAACGGACGAGCUUUCUCAAACUGGAACUAAAGAGGACAACGAUGGUGAGGUAUCUGGAGAAGAAUCUGUUAUUUCUUCCCAGAUUAUUGAAGAAGCUAAAGAGAGUAUGGUUGAUGAUGUAACUAUUGAAGAUGAGGUAGCUGAUACGGAACAGCAAUUAUCCGGUGAAUUAACUCAUCAGACUACACCUGAUGUUACCGACGAAGAAACACCAAACGCAGCUGAUGAUAUAAAAGCAGAAGUCGAAGAGAAAAGUGAAGAAACAGACAGCUCUUCUGUCACACAAGAUAAUGAAGUUACUGCUGCCAUCGAUUCUGUGGGAAGUGACGGCUCAAGUGUGGAAACUGAGUCCGGGGAACUUGAAGCCAAACCUGCAGAAAGUCCUGUCUCCAUCAGUGACAAUCUUGGAGCCGAUAUAGCUGUGAACGGUGUAGAAAACCAAACUUCUGGUGAUUCUCAGCCAAAUGGAGAUCCUUCAAGUUCAAGUGAACAGAGUAGUAAUGAUUCUCCUAAAGAAGCCGCAGUAAAAGCUGCUGUACCACCAGCUCUGGUGAAGCAGUUGCGGGAGGAAACAGGCGCAGGAAUGAUGGACUGCAAAAGAGCUCUUUCCGAGGCCGGAGGAGACAUUGAAAAGGCCUACGAGUACCUCCGCAAGAAAGGUUUAGCUAGUGCUGAUAAGAAAUCCAGUAGGGCCACGGCUGAGGGAAGAAUCGGUUCAUACAUCCACGAUAGCAGGAUCGGUGUCCUGAUAGAGGUGAACUGUGAGACGGAUUUUGUUGCUCGAGGCGACAUUUUCAAAGAACUAGUUGAGGACUUGGCCAUGCAAGUCGCUGCAUGCCCUCAAGUACAGUAUCUUAGCCCCGAAGAUGUGUCACAAGAGUUUGUUGAUAAGGAGAAAGAGAUAGAAAUGCAGAAGGAUGAUCUGCUGUCGAAGCCAGAGCAGAUUAGGUCCAAGAUAGUCGAGGGGCGAAUAAAGAAGAGGUUGGAAGAGCUUGCGUUACUGGAGCAGCCGUUUAUUAAGGAUGACAAGGUAGUGGUGAAGGACUGGGUUAAGCAGACCAUCGCAACGAUCGGAGAGAAUAUAAAAGUCAAGAGGUUCAUCCGCUACAACCUCGGAGAAGGUUUAGAAAAGAGAAGCCAAGACUUUGCUGCAGAGGUUGCUGCCCAGACUGCAGCUAAACCAGUUUCAACUUCUACAAACCCGGAGCCUGCUGCUGCUGAGACGAAAGAAACUGUACAGGAGCCUCCGAAGGCUGCAGUUUCAGCCGCGCUGGUUAAACAAUUACGUGAGGAAACUGGAGCUGGAAUGAUGGACUGCAAGAAAGCUCUCUCAGAAACAGGGGGAGACCUUGAGAAGGCGCACGAGUACCUGAGGAAGAAGGGGCUUGCAGCAGCCGACAAAAAGUCAAGCCGGAUUGCUGCUGAAGGCAGAAUCGGAUCCUACAUUCACGACUCCCGCAUUGGAGUUCUGAUUGAAGUGAACUGUGAAACCGACUUUGUGGGCAGGAGUGAAAACUUCAAAGAAUUGGUCGAAGAUUUGGCGAUGGAAGUUGCAGCCUGCCCACAGGUGCAGUACGUGUCAGUCGAGGACGUCCCAGAAAGCAUUGUCGCCAAAGAGAAGGAGCUGGAGAUGCAGAGAGAAGAUCUUCAGUCCAAACCCGAGAGCAUACGAGAGAAGAUUGUCGAUGGAAGGAUCGCGAAGAGGCUUGGAGAGCUGGCUCUUCUCGAGCAGGCCUACAUCAAGAAUGACACGAUGCUCGUGAAGGACUUGGUGAAGCAAACCGUUGCUACGCUUGGGGAGAACAUCAAAGUCAGGAGGUUUGCCCGUUUCACUCUUGGGGAGACGCGUGAUGCAGUAGUCGAAGAGUAAGCGUGAGAUGCAGGGGAAAAACGGCACCGGAUUAACAGAGAGUGGUUGAGUUCUCUCAGUAGAGCUAACUAUGCAGGUAUAGUCGAUUCUUUUUGUUGGAACAUAAAGCCAGCUAAAAUGUCUGAAUUUGAGAGGGAGAAGGGAUUUUGCCUUGAAUUUUCGUUGUGAAAGUAGAAAUUUUUUGUAGAUAAUUUAUUUGAAGAAAUACAUAUCAUGCCAUUGUUUAA